AACGACCUGAUUACAAUCGACCGUUGAUUGAUGAAUAGAGCAACCAAUGAAAAUAGGUGUUUUGGACGAAAAAUCUAUAUAAACACCACACAUCAUCAUCAUUAACAUAGCAUUGUAACUUGAUAUUUUCAGAGAAUGUACUGGCCUGGAGAUGCAAUUGUCAACAACCAAGUAACACAAACAACUGUUUAUUCCUGUCACCGUAGUGAAGCAGCCACACAAUCUACCACUUCCUAUAGAAUAUCCAAUCUACUGAAACUCAUUCCAACAUGUCUCAACCAAGUGAUAUCCAAUCUGACGGGAUCAGUGAACAGUGUUGUGGAUUUGCACUGAACACUAUAACUUCGAUCGUUUAUUUGAGAACAUAAAUUUUUCAUUAUAUGUACAUGAUUCUUCCGUUGUUUGUCCACAUUGUAAAUUAAUCAUCAUUCAUUAUUGUCCUCAUGUUGUUAACAUCUGUUCGUGUUUUCACUGGGAAUUGUGUAAUGCUUUCAUCAGAACCAUUUGUGUUUGUUGAUUAUGUUUUAUAUGUGUUGUCAGUAAUAAAUUCCUUCUGCA